AAUCGCGCCGUGCUCAGAUGAAGUGGGUGUAAACACUGUCCCAAGCUGAGCUCUCUCAGCUUUUCUUAUUCAGGCAGGAAGCUGAGUCCUGUCAGUGUGAGCGGCGCAAGACGCAAAGGUUGAAUCCAACAAACGGAGUUAAAGAGCCACCGUUCUUCCUGUAAUUUGACCUUAAAGGGACACUCCACCCAAAAACACAACAGAAACCUCAUCCUGAGUGUUGUCAUCAGCUGGAGCUUCCACAGUCUCGAUGAGCAACACAGAAGCAAACGGUCAGAGCAUCACACAGGUUUCCAAGAAGGCUAAAAUGAGCGGAGACACCACAACCCUGCACUUGGACGGCAUCCCUCCAGACACGCUCAGUAAGGUGCAGAAUUACCUGGAUCAUUUCCAACUGUCUCUGGAGAAGCUGCAUGAGGUUUCUGUUCGGCUGGAGAAGGAUCUGGUCCGAGGUUUGGGGAAACACUCACAUCACAGGGCGGCCGUUAAGAUGCUGCCCACCUUCGUCAGGGCCACGCCGGACGGGACAGAGAAAGGCGACUUCCUGGCGCUGGACCUCGGGGGAACAAACUUCCGCGUGCUUCACGUCCGUGUGGUGGAGGAGGAGCAGAGGGUGCUGAAGAUGGACAGUCAGAUCUGUGCCAUCCCACAGGAAAUCAUGCUGGGAACCGGAGAACAGUUGUUCGACCACAUCGCGGCCUGCCUCGGCGAUUUCCUCGACUCUCAGGAUCUCAAACGACAAACUCUCCCUCUGGGCUUCACCUUCUCCUUCCCCUGUGAACAGAAAGAAAUCGACAAGAGCAUCCUGAUCCGCUGGACCAAAGGCUUCAACUGCUCCGGAGUGGAGGGAAAAGACGUGGUCAAGUUACUGAAAGAGGCCAUUCACCGGAGGGGGGACUAUGAUAUAGGCUCGGUUGCCAUGGUGAACGACACGGUGGGCACGAUGAUGAGCUGCGGCUACAAAGACCAGAGCUGUGAGAUCGGCAUGAUCAUCGGUACGGGAACCAACGCCUGCUACAUGGAGGAGAUGAAGAACGUGAAGCGCGUGGAGGGCGAGGACGGGCGGAUGUGCAUCAACACGGAGUGGGGCGGCUUCGGAGACGGAGACAACGGCUCGCUGAAAGACAUCCAGACAGAGUUCGACAGGAUGGUGGACAAAAUGUCCAUCAACCCUGGCGUCCACACCUUCGAGAAGAUGAUCAGCGGCAUGUAUUUGGGAGAAAUUGUUCGACUGCUGCUGGUGAGGCUGACGGAGGAGAGGGUGCUGUUUAACGGUCAGACGUCAGAGGCGCUGCAGACCCCGGGAAGAUUCGUCACGAAGUUCAUCUCUGAGAUCGAAGAGGAGGACAGAGGUCUGGAAAAUGCCCAGGACAUCCUGACCGAGCUGGGUCUGAAAUGGACUCCGGUCGACGUCCGUGUGGUGCGUCUGGUCUGCGACACCAUCUCCUCACGCUCUGCCCGUCUCUGCGCCGCCGCUUUGGCAACCAUCGCCAACCGUAUCCGUGUCAACCGUGGGCUGGACCACCUGAAGACCACUGUGGGGGUGGAUGGGACAGUCUACAGGAAACACCCCAACUUCAGCGAGAAGCUCCAGGCGACGGUGCGCCUCCUCGCCCCCAAGUGUAGCAUCACCUUCCUCGUCUCGGAGGACGGCAGCGGGAAGGGCGCUGCCAUGGUAACGGCUGUGGCUCAGCGGCUGGCUCUCCAGUCCCGGCUGUUAGAGGACAGUGACGGUGAGGACGAGGAGGAGGAGGAGGAAGAUAAAUAAGAGUAGAGAAGAUGCAGAGACACAGUCUGAAAUCAUUUGGUUUUUAAAGCUUGAUACUUAAACACAGCUGUGAUUGUUAAUACGAUGGAAACAGAAGUGGGAGGAGAUACUGAGACUAAUUCAGUGAAAACAGCAGAACCGAAAAACUUUUCAGCUUCGGUCACUGGCUUUGCUCAGUUUGUAAAUGAAUGUUUUAGAUAAAACAAAACGUGAUCAGGAUUAAUUAACCUUCAACAACAACAUUCACAGGCUGCUUAUAACAAACCAGUAAGCGCAGUAACAGCAGGGUGUGGAGGUUCUCUGUCACAGGAAAGCAGAAACGAAUUGUUGUAAAAAUAUGUUUUAAAUACCAGAAAUGAAAUUCCUGUCAUUCAGAACGAGCCCUUUUAGAAUCAGAUGAAUUAUAUUAUUGAAUUUUAAUCAUUGAUUAAAUUAAUGUGCAGAUCUCUUUCAUGUUGCAGCUGUUUUAUUUUAAUAACUUCAGACGAUGUAUCAUAACCUGUAAUAAACAGCUGCUCUGUUCUGUUCCUUCAUGUUUCUCCUUCACUAAAUGUCACAGGAAGUUUUUUUUUUUUUACUCUUUACUCCACAGCAUUUGACAGAUUUAGUCACUAGUUACUUGGCAGAUUUAGAUUUUGUGAUGAGGCUGUGAAUCACUGUUAUGGAUCAAAAUACCCAUUAAAACAAGCUCCA